GGAUCGUAGAAUCUUCUUAGCCAACACAAACCUUUCAAACACUGCAAAAAAAAAAAAAAACGAAAGCCAAGUCCGAACCAAAUCCUCUGAUUACAGUACGCUCUACUGUUUCAAGCAACAAACCCCUCUUUCAUGGCUGACGAAAUCUGAACAACUACUCUUAAAAAUGGCUUCCAUUUCCUCAUUUUUCACCAUAACACCGAAGUCUCACUGCUUAUCUUGUACCAAAUCCUCAAUCCUCCUCAAACCCACUUUGCAAUUUCACUCUCUGAGGCAUCAAUCUUCGCUUCUUCUCAACAACAACAACCCAUCAUCAUCAUCUUUCAAAGUUCGGCAGAACAAUAGGUGGGGUUUAUUGGUUCCUAGUCUUGUUGUUAGGGCGAGUAUUGAUGUUGCGAGUACAGCAAUCAAGCCCGGAGGUGCCGUGGAGAGCGAUAAGCUUCCGGUGGAUGUUCGGAGGCGGGCCAUGGACGCCGUCGAUUCUUGCGGAGGGAGGGUUACGAUUGGGGAUGUGGCGAGCAAGGCUGGGCUCAAAUUGAAUGAAGCCCAGAAAGCUUUGCAGGCAAUUGCUGCUGAUACUAACGGUUUCUUGGAGGUAUCAGAUGAAGGUGAUGUUCUAUAUGUUUUUCCAAAAGAUUAUCGGUCAAAGCUUGUAGCCAAGUCUUUUAGGAUGAAAAUUGAACCUUUUGUUGAGAAGGCAAAGUCAGCCGCUGAAUAUGUAGUGAGGGUUUCCUUUGGGACAGCACUAAUAGCUUCAAUUGUGAUUGUCUAUACUACAAUUAUUGCUCUCCUCUCAAGUAGAAGUGAUGAAGACAAUCGUGGUAGACGAGGCAGAUCAUACGAUUCUGGUUUCACAUUUUACUUGAGUCCAACUGAUUUGUUUUGGUACUGGGAUCCAUAUUACUACAGGAGGCAACGAGUGCGAGCAGAUGGUGAUGGGAUGAACUUCAUUGAAUCUAUUUUCUCAUUUGUAUUUGGGGACGGUGAUCCAAAUCGUAUUGAAGAAGAGCGGUCGAAGUUGAUUGGAGAAUACAUAGCAUCGAACGGUGGUGUUGUCACAGCUGAAGAACUUGCUCCAUAUCUUGAUUUAGAGACUACGAAGGAAACGGCUGAUGACUCAUACAUAUUACCUGUGCUCUUACGGUUUGAUGGUCAGCCAGAAGUAGAUGAGAAGGGAAAUAUUCUUUAUCGAUUUCCAUCACUACAACGUACAGCUUCUCCUCAGAGGAGUGGAAGGAAGGAAUAUGUUGGAAGAAAAUGGGCUGAUUGGGUUGGAGGGGCUGAGAAGUUUUUCAAGGAGAAUAAAUGGCAAUUCAGUAAAACUAGCUCAUCUGAGAGGGCAAUGGUCGUUGGACUGGGGGGACUAAAUCUCUUUGGGGUUAUUGUACUUGGUACCAUGUUAAAGAAUGUUGCAGUUACACCGACUGGAUUCAUUACGUUUGUUUCUGACAUAUUUCCUUUACUUCAGAUCUAUGCUGCUUCUUUUUUUGCAAUUCCUUUGGUCCGGUGGUUUUUCAUUCGCAAGAGAAAUGCUGACAUAGAGAAGAGAAAUCUUGCAAGGGAACAACGUGCUCAAGCACUUGAACUACCAGAUAUUUCUCUCAGGCGAAAGCUAUUGAGUGCUCGGGAUAUGGCCCAGAGAACAUUCAUUGGACAGGAUAGGAUUGUCUAUAGUACUGACAGGGACUUGAUUGAGCAAGACUACGAAGCACGAGAGUGGGAUCAGAAAUUCCGAGAGAUUGAGAAAUCUGACUGAGGCUAUGAAUUCAUGUUUAUUCAUCGUUUUGCCCUCAAUUAAUACAAUGAAAGAGAGUGAGAUUAUUUGCCAUGUAGUGUUUUGCUUCCUUGUAGUACGAUGUUCAAACGUCAAGAUGAGGGAAAGGUGGGAAAUUGUUAGCAGUAAUGACUCUGUAUAUGUGUAUUACUUAUUUGUUCCAAAGGUCAACACAUUAGAUAAUUUUGAUUAUGAUACAUAUAGCAAUUUGCUGUUCUACGAUCA